ACAGAUCCCAGUGGGAAUUCUUAGCAGUUAAGAAGGGGAUUGAUUGAAUGUGGGAUCCACACGUAGCCUUAGCCUUAGCCUAUGGCAAAUUGAAGUUGGAGCUUGAAAGCAAGGUCACAUGGCAACAACCAACUCCAUAAAUCUAAAGAAAUGACCAUCCACGCAACACCAUUUCUCACUUUUUCCCCAUUAAGCCUUUUUAUUUUAAUUCCCUCUACCCUUUCUCUUCCCCUCUCAUUUAUGCACAUACAUAUAUAAGUCCCUUCUUUGUAAACCUCAAAAAAUACUCACUAACUAUAACCCCAACGCCCACAAUCUAAUUCCAUUUCAUAGCAUAAUAAUUCCAAUUCAAGAAUGGCCAAAGCAGAACCGAGUCUUGAAUCCGGGAAUGGGUACACGCUAGAUUCAGUGAGGGAUGCUUUGGUGAGGCAAGAAGAUACCAUUGUUUAUGGUCUCAUUGAGAGAGCCAAGUUCCCUAGCAAUUUUCCCACCUAUGAUGAAAACUACACUGAAAUCCCGGGUUUUUAUGGUUCAUUGGUUGAAUUUGUUGUUAAGAAUACGGAGGCAAUUCAAGCUAAGACAGGAAGAUACAAAAACCCUGAAGAAAAUCCCUUCUUCCCAGAAAAUUUACAGCCAUCAUUUGUGCCAUCUUACCCUUUCACACAGAUUUUGCAUUUUGGAGCCGCUUCAAUUAACAUAAACAAGUCCAUCUGGAAAAUGUACUUUCAAGAGUUGCUUCCAUUGCUUGUUACUGCGGGUGACGAUGGCAACUAUGCACAAACUGCAGCAAGUGAUCUCUCAUUAUUGCAGGCCAUCUCUAGAAGGAUUCAUUAUGGAAAGUUUGUAGCUGAGGUGAAAUUCAGGGAUUCUCCUCAAGACUAUGAGCCUUUGAUUCGUGCUAAGGACAGGGAAGGAUUGAUGAAAUUGUUGACAUUUGAGAGUGUUGAAGAGAUGGUGAAGAAGAGGGUUGAAAAGAAGGCCAUGGUGUUUGGGCAAGAAGUAAGCCUUAACCGUGCUGAUGACAACAAUGUGAAACACAAGUUUGAUCCAUCAGUGGCUUCUAUCUUGUACCAGAAAUGGGUAAUACCGCUUACCAAAGAGGUUCAGGUUGAGUACCUCUUGCGCCGUCUCGAUUGAAGCCAUUUUCAAUGCAAUUAGAAUUUAGAAGAAACAAAGGAAAGGAAGAUGAUAUCGUUGUUCAAAUGAUUUAUUGCCAAUUUCAUGUGGCAUCUGACCCAAAAAGUGAACAGAUUUUAUUAAAAUAUGUUGUCAAUGCAUUUCGAUUAUGAUUUUUAAUAU